UCCCACUACAAUGUCAAAACAAGGGAGAGUCGGAAGCGGAAUAGAUUAGUUAUGGCAAAAAAGAAACUAAAGAAAAAGUCAAAAGACAUAUCUUCAGUCGUAUGGGUGAAACAGACUAGUCAGAAAGAAAUGGCACAACCAGAAACAUCAAUGUUUUCCAUUGCUGCCUUUGCUUUGAUUGUGGCCCUUUGUGCGGUACCACUGACAGCUGAAAUAUCUAGUGCUACUGUUACCUCUGGCUUUCUUCAGUAUAAACUCAAAGUCCUGAAGAUGGAUGAGGCAUUUCUGAAAGUCAACAAUGAGCUAGACACUGAUGUGAUGGUGUCCUGGGUGUCAGAGCACUGCUAUCAGUGUUUGUACCAGCAGCUCGGAGUGGUACCAGCAGCAUCCAGUCCUGGCCAUCCCAGUUCAAUAGAUGUCGGUGUGAGCACACAGCAUGAAAUCACACUAAAACUGAAAAGCACUCCUGUCAGCCAGGAGCUCUGCAAGGUUCCAUUCCACUUUGGGGAGCAUGGAAACUACUCUCUAUGGAUGAAAAAUAUGAACAACCUGUCAGUGGUCAACUGCUCUCUAGUGACUGUUGCAGACCCUGUCAACACCUACAUACCAUUGAUAACUUCUAUUGGAAGAAUAAUAUUAAGGCUUGAUGCAGUAAAGAAUAUCCUCUCCCGAAUUGGCGGCUCCAUGGAGACAGAGAGGCUCAUCAACUCAGAACUGGGUAGCCCGGGCAGGACAGUGACACUAAUUACUGACAACAUGAGCCCUCCAACACUGAGCCCCAGCAAGAGGUUACGAUCUUUGGACACAUUCAGAGGUAUCUCCUUAGUCAUUAUGGUGUUUGUGAACUAUGGAGGGGGACGCUACUGGUUCUUUAGACAUGAAAGCUGGAAUGGCCUCACUGUUGCAGAUCUAGUCUUCCCUUGGUUCGUGUUUAUAAUGGGAACAUCUAUAGCCCUGUCAAUCAAUUCCUUGCUGCGAACAGGCUCGACCCGCUGUUCACUGCUGAUGAAAGUUGUGUGGAGGAGUGUGCAGCUUUUCGUCAUCGGCGUGUUCAUCAUCAACCCAAACUACUGCCAGGGACCAUUAUCUUGGAACAACCUGCGGAUCCCAGGGGUGCUGCAGCGCCUGGCUUGGUCAUACCUGGUUGUAGCCUGUCUGGAUCUGAUGGUAGCGAGAGGUCACCUUGACAUCCUGACAAUGGAUUCCUGGUGGUCCCCUGGUCUUGACAUCUUACUGUACUGGCCAGCUUGGCUGUGUGUACUUCUCUUAGAAGGCAUCUGGCUGAGCUUCACUUUCUUACUUCCUGUGCCAGACUGCCCAACAGGCUACCUGGGUCCAGGUGGGAUCGGGGACAUGGGCCUGUACGAAAACUGCACCGGUGGAGCAGCUGGUUUCAUUGAUCGGUGGCUGCUGGGAGAAAGUCACAUCUACCAGGCUCCCUCAUCACGAGCAAUUUAUGCAACUCGCAUGCCAUAUGAUCCAGAAGGUGUUCUUGGCAGCAUCAACUCUGUCUUCAUGGCUUUUCUUGGAUUACAGGCAGGAAAAAUAAUCUUACAUUACAGAGAUCUCCCCACAAGUAUUAUGUCAAGGUUUCUCCUAUGGGGUCUGUUUUUGGGAGUCAUAUCAGCUAUUCUGACCAAGUGUUCCACAGACCGGGGCUUCAUUCCUGUCAACAAGAACCUGUGGUCUCUGUCCUAUGUGACAACACUGGCCUGUUUUGCCUUUGUGCUGCUAGUAGUGAUUUACUACACAGUGGAUGUGAAGAAGUGGUGGUCUGGAGCGCCGUUCUACUACCCGGGUAUGAACUCUAUUCUUAUAUAUGUGGGCCAUGAAGUAUUCGAGGAGUACUUCCCCUUUCGCUGGCCCAUGGCCAACAGCCAAUCCCAUGCUGAGCACCUUACCCAGAACCUCGUGGCCACUUCCUGUUGGGUCUUCAUCUCCUAUGUGCUUUAUAGAAAGAAGAUUUUCUGGAAAAUUUAGAGUCACUACUUUAUGGAACCAUGACUGUCUUUCUCUGAAGAUCUUCAGAUAAGAAGCAGUUGGCCCUUCCAAAUAUCUUAACUGACUCAGGAAAAACCUGUCUGAGAGAACUAUGAAGAUAUGUUUGUGUGUUGUGGAAACUGGUUUUCAUUCCUCAUCUUGUACAACAGACUACUGCAGCAGUGUGUUACAGAAAUGGGUUUACAAGCCUUAGUUGACUUCCCCUUGGGAGGAUCCCUGCUGCUGCUUCAAGUACAGUUGCAUUUCCCCAAAAGUUGAAGUGGGUUUCUGUGAGGCUUGCUCUUCAAGAGCAGAAGGCAAUGAUGUGCACUCAAAAGAAAAGACGAUCAGAAGAGCAUGACCUUUCAUCACUUUGGUCUUUCAUCAUUUCUGCUGCACUGUGGAAUGUAAUAUUCAAACAAGGAACAAACAGUAUUUAAAGGCUUAAAAACAUGAAAGCUGUAAAACCUCAUUCCUCAGUAAUCAUUGCCAGUUAUUAGGCUAGCGGAAGUACAAGUGUUUUUCAUUUGCAGUCCUCUUCUCCACUCUGACCCUGGUCCCCCUCUCACAGCAAGUGUCCAGGAGUGUGAUGCUGUGUGUUGCCAAGUAUUGAAGGGAAGUGAAGAAGGGCAUGUCAGAUGACUGUCGAAACCCACAGGAGGUUUUGCAUUUUUUUUUUUUGAUUAUGUAUCAAAAA